AUGGCCACUGAGGAAACAAGACCGUCGUACGGCGGCGAUGGCAAGCCGACUGCGAUACCUUUCUUCCAGGAUGGUCGGGGAGGAAGCGAGUCACUCACCCUCCCAGUAUACUAUCGAGUAUACACCAAAGACGGUCCACUCGAAUCGUACCAUCCUGUCUACUCGAACGACCGCUUUAUCAGCCGGAUCGCAUCCUCCUCAGUAAGACUGCCUCAUACCGCCGCCUCUUUGAUGAGGAAUCUAUGCAAGAUUGAGGGCUUAGCACUUCAAAACUGCAUCCUUUUUCAAUCUCUCUCAGAAAUGACACCUUUGGACAAUUCGAUCCAUCUCUCGCUUCGGGGGACUACUGGGCCAGGCGCAUCCGAUCUAAAUCCAACGGCGCUGGUUGUUGACAGACGCACCGCAGAGAGGAUAUCACAGGUAACAAGCGUGGUAGAGCCGCAAGAGCUGUUUGAAGGCGAUUCUGACGAACGUUACGUGUACUAUCGCGUAUACAACGACGAUGGUGAGACUGUCCCAAAGACGUCCUUCGGCGAGCACAAUCCCUCUCUGGGCCGUGUCAACAUUCUUUCUGUUCCCCCGCCUUACACUGUCUCUUCCUUGAAGAACCGCAUUAUCCAAGCCGAAGACGUAUCCGGUCACAAUUUUCAGCUAUUUGAGGAUGAGGGCAGCCAGUCUGCCAUGAAUGACAGUGAUGCGCUCACCCUCCUCUCUGAUGCCACAAUUGCAUAUGAAUCAGGAACGACAGAUGGUUCGGCUGACAACGAGGAUACGAACGAAAUUCAGAUACGAGAGCUGCGGGAAGCAUUGGCACAAAUGAAGGAAAAAUACGAAGCAAACCUGACACACACGAGUGAGCUUGAGGAAGCAAACCGAACACUUGUGCGUGAGCUUGCCGAGGUGAGAGAGGGAUGGAACAAGGCGAUGGAGACACACGAGUGCGAGAUGAAUGAAGCUCUAUCCUCGCUACAUCAAUUUCGAACGCAGAUGAUAACCCUUUCAGUCUUCAGCAAGAAACUCAGAGCAACGAGAGAUUGGGGUGAGCGACGAUUAUAUCUGUUCCAAGUUGGUCUAAAAAGUCACCUGCUAGAUAUGGGGGUGGUAAAUGCUACAUGGCACUCACUGAAAAUGGGUGAGAUUUUCUACACAGAUGGUAUUUUCAGGAGGGAGAAAUGGCGUAAUGGCCCCAACGUCUAUGGUAUUUAUCAAUUCUCUUGA